UCCUCUUUUCCCGCGAUCGACGAGGCAGCAGUUCGCAUGGAUGACGGCGAGGCGGCGCGACGUCAUCGCCAUCGGGCCAUCUCCGGCGGCCUGACGGCGCUGGCCGUCCGCCUCGCCGACCGCCUCGGCGCCGCGAGCCCCGGCCGCAACCUGGCCUUCUCGCCGCUCUCCGUCCACGCAGCGCUCUCCCUCGCCGCCGCCGGCGCGGCCGGCGGCACCCUCGACGAGAUCCUCGCCGUGCUCGGCGCGGCGUCGCGCGAUGACCUGGCGGCGUUCGUCGGCCGCACGGCCGAGACGGCGCUCGCCGACAGGGGCCCGGAGUCCCUCGGGCCGCGCGUCGUGUUCGCGCCCGGCGUCUGGUGCGACGCCGCGCGCCCGUUCAAGCCCGCCUACCGCGCCGCCGUCGCCGCCGAGUACAACGCCGAGGCCACCGUCGUCGACUUCAAGAACAAGGUUGGUUAUAGCAUACUCAUCGAUGCAUUUAUUCUUUUACUUGAUCCAUCCAUGAUCGAUCAAUGUGUUCUUGAUUUGGUUUCUGAGAAGGCAGAGGAAGCGAGGAAGCAGAUCAACGCGUGGGCGCGGCGGGCGACGGGGAAGCUCAUCACCGACGUCCUACCGCCGAGAUCCGUCGGCCCGGAGACCGCCGUCGUGCUCGGCAACGCCAUCUACUUCAAGGGCAAGUGGGAUCGUCCCUUCAAUGAGAGCGACACGGAGAGGAAGCCGUUCUACCGCCACGACGGCGCCGCCGCCGCCGCCGCCGUCGCCGACGUGCCCUACAUGUCGAGCCGUUCCUACCAGCGCGUCGCCGUGCACGACGGCUUCAAGGUGCUCAAGCUCCGCUACCGAUCGCCGCGACUCCUCCGCGACAAGCGCAAGCGCGGCGGCGGCGGCGAUGUCGGCGGCGAGUUCACGCGGUACGCCAUGGCCAUCUUCCUCCCCGACGCGCGCGACGGGCUGCGCGGCCUCGUGGAGAGGAUGGCGUCGCGGCCGGGGUUCCUGCACGAGCACAUGCCGGCGGCGUGGCCAGUGCCCGUCGGCGAGUUUCGGGUGCCCAAGUUCAAGGUGUCAUGCGGCGGCAGCGUCGUCGGCGCCCUCGAGCAGCUGGGCCUCCGGCUGCCGUUUUCGCCGGAGCUCGCCGACCUGUCCGACAUGGUGGAGGACGACGGCUCCGGCUGGCCGUUGUUCGUCGGCGACAUCCAGCACAAGGCGGUGAUCGAGGUGAACGAGGAAGGAACCGUGGCUGCCGCCGCCACCAUGACAAGGAUGCUUCCUUCCGGUGUGCCGCCGCCGCCGGUGGACUUCGUCGCCGAACAUCCGUUCGCCUACUUCAUAGUGGAGGAGAUGUCAAGUGCGGUCGUCUUCGCCGGACACAUCGUCGACCCGUCGAUGGAAUGAAAUAUGAUGUAAAUUUUCAUGUGAAAUUGGUCAAAAACACAGUAGAAGGAUACGCUUCCAAACGAUGAACAAUGAUGGAUAAUUAUCUCUCAUAUACGUAUGUUUCUUUUUCCAAA